GCAGGGCUAGAAUUGGAACCCAAAGCCCAGAAUGGCAGGAGAGGAUGUGGGGGCUCCACCCGAUCACCUCUGGGUUCACCAAGAGGGUAUCUACCGCGACGAAUACCAGCGCACGUGGGUGGCCGUCCUGGAAGAGGAGACGAGUUUCCUGAGGGCACGAGUCCAGCAAGUUCAGGUUCCCUUAGGUGACGCAGCUAGGCCAAGUCACCUUCUUACCUCCCAGCUACCUCUCAUGUGGCAACUCUACCCAGAGGAGCGCUACAUGGAUAACAACUCUCGCUUGUGGCAGAUACAGCAUCAUUUAAUGGUCAGGGGAGUACAGGAGCUGUUGCUUAAGCUUUUGCCUGAUGAUUAA